AUGAGUCGUGUUAGUGAUGAUACCAAUGGUGAUGAUACCAAUGAUGAUACCAAUGGUGAUGAUACCAAUGAUGAUACCAAUGGUGAUGAUACCAAUGAUGAUACCAAUGGUGAUGAUACCAAUGAUGAUACCAAUGGUGAUGAUACCAAUGAUGAUACCAAUGGUGAUGAUACCUAUGGUGAUGAUACCAAUGAUGAUACCAAUGGUGAUGAUACCAAUGGUGAUGAUACCAAUGGUGAUGAUACCAAUGGUGAUGAUACCAAUGAUGAUACCUAUGGUGAUGAUACCAAUGGUGAUGAUACCAAUGAUGAUACCAAUGGUGAUACCAAUGGUGAUGAUACCAAUGAUGAUACCAAUGGUGAUGAUACCAAUGAUGAUACCAAUGGUGAUGAUACCAAUGAUGAUACCAAUGGUGAUGAUACCAAUGGUGAUGAUACCAAUGAUGAUACCAAUGGUGAUGAUACCUAUGGUGAUGAUACCAAUGGUGAUGAUACCAAUGAUGAUACCAAUGGUGAUGAUACCAAUGGUUCCGGGUUACCUGUGUGA